AUGUAUGUACGCUCCAAAAGUCCUGGAAUGGUGGGCUAUAUUGAGGGGUUCAUAACUGCUGUUUUCACUUUGAUUCUGGGCCUUGUCCAGACCGUCAUCCCGCAGAGGAAGAAACCAACGCAACCCUUUUUGGACUCGCCCAUCAACGUCAAGGAGACCCUGUUUCCGCCAUCUUUUCAGCUUUUCAGAAAUCUCACCACCAAAGAUUUGAAGCCAUGCAGCACUACCGACUCGCAAUAUGUCUCUUUCAAAAAUGGUAGUGGUGAAGUUAAAUUCCAGCUGGUGGACAAACACCAACACCAGCUGUCUCCGCUGUCUGAAAAUGACUCGCCUGUCAUGAAAAGCAAAGAGACUGUCGCCAAGACAGACGACUUUAUUGCGCUGUCUCCGGUUUCCUCCGUGAAAUCGUCCAACUCGAACUCAAGCUCUUUGCGCGAGUCUUCUACCUCAGACUCGUCUCCAGAUGCUGAGCAGGGGAACAACGACUCGUCCAAAUUUUACAAAUGCCAAGAGUGCGACGCAAAGUUCAAGAUUAAGGGUUAUUUGACCAGACAUCUCAAGAAACACUCUACCAAGAAGGCGUACACAUGUCCAUUUUACGACGGCAACUCGUCGCAGAGGUGCCACGUUAACGGCGGAUUUUCCCGAAGAGAUACAUUCAAAACACAUUUAAAGGCAAGACAUUUCAAAUACCCCAAGGGUGUGCGUUCUGGUGAUAGAACCGGGGUCAGUGGCUGGUGUAUGGCGUGCGGCGAAGAGUUUUUGAACAACGAAAUCUGGGUCGAGCGGCAUUUGGAGCUGGGGUUGUGUCCUGGUCUAUCGAGCGAAUACCUCGACCGACUCAAGCUAGGAAGAAAGAAGACCGGAAAGCACUCGAAGCUCCUCGACGUGGCUGCGCAGACGAAUACCAAGACGCCUAUAGCGAUGAUCAAUUCUCCGACUUCACUGACCUCUACUCCAUCGCCGCAGAUUAGUGGUCAAUUUACGCAGGGACCUAGAUACAGUGCUGCAACAGCGGUUGCGCUACCGAUGCCGACGUACGGAACGUUCCAGAUUGCUCCUCCUGUGCAAAACAGGUAUGUUGCAUCGCAAUCGCCGCCAUCCGUGGCGGACGACGAUGACGAUUACAUCUCUCUGGACUCGGAGAACUCGCCGUAUGUGUUCCGGUCGCAGCCGCAGCCGAUGUGGACUUCAUCAUACACGCCAAACCACCCUUUCGCUUUUACGGGAUAUGCUAUGUAG